AUGGUGAGCUUUCAUUCUCGCAAGCGAUUGGCGCUAGCCAUCCUUGAUUUCCUGUCGACUUCUCUCAAGGACGGCACCCUACAGGCCGAAGAUGCGGACUCGAUCGAAAUUGCUUCCAACUGCAUAGCGGAGUGCUUUCAUGUUGAUCCUACCGAUGAAGCUGCCGUCAAGGACGCUCUGGGAGGACAAAAUUUGCUCAGCAUUUAUGGAGUUUACGAAAAGCUGAAGGGCAGGGGCGCAGGCGCAAGCGCCAGCAGCAGCAACACGACGGCUUCCUCGAAGCCUGCGCCGAGUCCUGCUGAUGCCGAACCUGGAAAGGGUGGUCCAACUGAUGAGAGUGAGAAGCUCAAGGGCGUUGGCAACGCGGCUAUGCAGAAAAAGGACUACCAGACCGCUGUUGACAACUACACCAAAGCUCUAGAGAUCAGCCCGCUCAACCCAAUCUAUCUUUCCAACCGUGCGGCUGCUUACAGCGCCAUGAACCAGCAUGAAUUUGCUCGCAACGACGCAGAACUCGCCACUGCGACCGACCCAAAGUACACCAAAGCUUGGUCUCGCCUGGGUCUUGCGCGAUUCGCGUUGGGUGAUGCACAGGGCGCAGUAGAUGCCUACCAAUCUGGAAUUGAUGCCGAGGGUAGCGGUGGUAGCGACGCAAUGAAGAAGGGCCUUGAGACUGCGAAGAGGAAGCUUGAGGAACUGCGUGCUAAUGAGAUUGACGAUGACGACAUCGGUGCACCAGACGCAACAAGAGGAGGCGCAAGUGGAGGUGGGAUGCCGGAUCUCGGCGGUCUUGCAUCGUUGCUAGGUGGUGGUGGCGGGGGCAUGCCAGAUCUCGCAGGUCUUAUGCAAAAUCCCAUGAUGCGACAGAUGGCGCAGAAUCUGAUGUCAAACCCGGACAUGUUGAACAACAUCAUGAGCAACCCGCAAGUACGGAACAUGGCAGAGCGAUUCGGUGCAGGCGGUGCAGGCGGUGCAGGCGGCAGAGGUGGCGGCGGUGGUAUGCCCGACUUGAGCGCUCUCAUGAACGACCCAGCUAUGGCCGAUAUGGCUCGAAACUUCAUGGGUGGCAUGGGAGGUGGUGGCGCUGGUCGGGGCGCUGGCAGGGGAUCUGGAAACUGA